AUAGGAAAAAGAUAGAUCACGGAAGGAUAUGCGUAAAAAAAAUAGAUAUGCGCAGUUCGACCUCCAGAAAUAAUUAGCUGAAAAUAGAACAAAAUAACGAUCAUAUCUCCAGUAAAAGAUUUCGAUGGUGAAGAUUUGAAGAAUGGAGAAGCUUAGUAAUUUCUUCCACCAUCAUGUUAACCAUGAUUCUAAUUCUCACGAACACCAUGAAACCCAUAAACACCAUGGAAGUCUGAAGCUCCUCGAUUUCGAGAGUAAUCCCAUUGCACCGAAAGAUAUAGUAUCUUGUCAGGAUGGCCUGCUAGACGUGUGUGUUCUUCGGAAAGAUACGGUGGGCGUCUGCUCAUAUUUAAAGAAAGAGAUCAACGUUUAUGACACUACGGACAGUACCAAAGUUUUUACACUGUCGUCUGCUGAAUUUCCACAAUACCUCAGUGAGACGAAAGGUGGCAUCUUGUUUACAGCAUUAGAUGAAAAUAAAGUAUUCAAGGCUCCAUAUCCACCAUUUACAAACGUUGGGGACAAGAAAGAUGUUGAAAUGGUUCCAGAUCGUGAAGCAAAUAAGAAAUCUGGUGGUGCGACGAAGACUACCACAUCUGGAAAAGAUAGCAAAGGUUCAAAGAAGCAAAACAAAAGCAAAACAAAGGAAAAGCAACAGGAAAAGAUGGAGGUUGACGAGGAGAUAAAGACACCCAAAACUGGAGGAAAAGUGGAUGGGGAUAGGGCAGCAGACAACAAAUACAAUUUGAAAGCUGAAGCAAUUUUUAAUACAGGUGAGUGGAUUCCAAGGGGAAUACAUUGCACAAAAUUGGGAGAUAUAAUUGUCUGUCUUUGGAACGGACAACGAGGAGAAAAAUCACAUGGAAAGGUCGUAAAAUAUAGCAAUAAUGGAAAAGUAAAGAAAGAAAUUGAUGUUUGUCACCACAAACCUCUCUACGCAUGCCCAAUGUACGUUACUGAGAACCACCUCGAGGAUAUUUGCGUCACGGAUUGGAAGAAGAAAAGUGUCAUUGUUGUCAACCGAUCGGGAUCGAAAAAGUUUGAAUAUGAAGGACACAAGGAGCAAAAUGACGAAGAUAAGAAAUUUGACCCAAGAGGUUUGGGAACUGAUUCUUUCAACAGCAUUAUAAUUGCUGAUUAUUGGUAUCAUCGACUUCAUAUAUUGGACGAAAAUGGCCAUUUUCUUAAAUUUCUUACCUAUGACAACAUACGAGGGCCAACUGGAAUACAUGUAGACGAAAACAACCUGCUUUACGUCUGUGAAUUGGGUGGAAAGAGCAUCAAUGUGAUAAAAUAUUUAAAACAUGGAAUUGCCUAGAGUUAACUUUUACUCUAAUAUAUGCCUGCACAUAUAUAUUAUUAGGAAGCUAAUUUUAUUAAAGAGUAAGGAAAUAUUGAGUGCAUGUUAACUGCUGAGUGUUACUGAAGUGUAAGGAGAUAUUGAGUGUUCAGUGUUAGUUGACUCUAAUAGUUAAACCAAAGAUGACUAUAGUUUAAAUUAUUAAAUAAAAGAAGAUUAUCAAUAAUUAAAAAAAAAUUAAAAAAUUUAAAAUCAUAAAAAUAAUUAUCUUUAUUUGUUUUGGGUUUUUUUAGCUUGCAAACUGCUUAAAAAUUAUCGGUAUUUUAAAUUAAGAAAUUAUUGUUCGCCAUUUUUCAUUAUUUUUUUCUCUUAAAUGUUGCCGAUUAUCGGGAAUCUGAAAGGAGUUUAAAACAAUUUAUAAUAUAUUUAUUCGUUCGAUUUGCACUGUAAUUUACUAG